AUUCUGUUAGAUGCGCAGCACAUGCAGCUGGCAAUGGAGACACUGGACGAGCUGGACUGGUGCCUUGACCAGCUGGAAACUAUCCAGUCUCACCGGUCUGUUGGAGACAUGGCUUCCAGUAAGUUCAAACGUAUGCUCAGUAAAGAGUUGUCAAGCCACUUUUCUGAGUCGAAGUCAGGUCAUCAGAUCUCGGAAUUUAUCUGCACUACGUUCUUCGAGAAACAACAAGACUUAGAUUUUCCUAUGUAUAGACCUGAGGAUGGUCACUCGCCAGAACUACACAACAACCAUCACGAUUCUGGCCAAACGAUGUCACAAAUAUCAGGAGUAAAGAAACGCUUGUGUCACACAAACAGUCUUUCCAAACUUCCGAAACAUGGGGUUGAAACAUCCAAAGAAGAGGAACUGGGGAAGGAGCUGGAUCAUGUGGAUAAAUGGGGUGUUGACAUCUUCCGAAUAGCGGAGUUAUCCAGUAUGAGACCCCUCACAGCGGUCACUUAUACAAUAUGGAGAGACAGAGAGAUUCUCAAGACAUUCAACAUAUCCUGUACGACAGCUGUAAAUUUCCUUAUGACAUUAGAAGAUCAUUACCUCAAGAUUCCUUACCACAACAGUAUCCAUGCUGCUGAUGUCACGCAGUCAUUAUAUGUCCUCCUUCUUUCUCCUGCUCUUAAUGCAGUAUUCACAGACCUGGAAACACUUGCUGCCUUAUUUGCAGCAACCAUUCAUGACGUUGAUCAUCCGGGCGUUACAAACCAAUACUUAGUGAACUCUAGUUCUGAGCUGGCCAUUAUGUACAAUGACGAGUCCGUUCUUGAAAACCACUCUUUAGCUGUGGCUUUUAAAAUUCUUCAGGAUGAAAGUUGCAACAUUUUUGUGAACUUCAGUAACAAACAACGACAAACUCUUCGAAAGAUUUCCAUUGACAUGGUUCUAGCAACGGACAUGUCCAAACAUAUGAGUUUAUUAGCUGGCUUGAAGACAAUGGUGGAAACGAAGAAGGUGGCAGGAUCAGGAGUUCUUUUACUGGACAACUAUACAGAGAGAAUUCAAGUAAGAGUUUCGAAACUAAUAGAGUUAUCUCAGAAACUAACCCAUCAAUAACGAGUUCAACUGUUA